AUGGCUGCUCUAACUCUUUAUGUCGUAACCUUCAACUGCGGUCUCCGGCCAAUCGACACCGAAACCUUCGCAUCUCAGCUCUUCACCGGCCUCCACUCCACCAACCUGCCCGACCUCCUCGUCCUCUCCCUCCAAGAAAUCGCUCCUCUACCACUAGCAUUAAUUGGUGGAUCAUUCCUUGUCCCCUUUUUCGAGAAAUUUUAUCAUGCGGUACAAAAGGGUUCCCGAACGUACGCCAAUGCGGCGGACAAUGGGCCAACAUACGCUCCGAUAGCAGCUCGGAAUCUGGGCAUGACAGGUAUUAUGGUGUUCGCCAAAGAUCCCUCCCGCAUACAAGAUAUAGAGACUGGGGGAGUAGGAGUAGGGCUUUGGGAGAUGGGAAACAAAGGCGCUGUGGCUAUACGGUUCACAUAUCACCAAGGGUCAGCCUCAACAGAGUUGACCUUCGUCGCCGCACACCUCGCAGCGAUGGAGUGGGAGCUACAACGAAGAAACGAAGACUGGAAGAACAUAGUUCGAGGCCUUGUCUUCUCCUCCACCACAUUCAAGCGCAAGACAGGGUCUGCAUCUCUGUCUGGAGAAGAACGCCCCCUCCUCUCCAUCUCUCCACACGACGCCUCGAUCUACAAGCCCACGUCCCACCUCUUCGUGGCGGGAGAUCUCAACUAUCGCACCUCGGUCCUCUCUCCUUCUCCAACCGACCACAUCGACAUCUUCCCGCAACCACAUCACCCGCCCGACUCCUCACUGCACUUCUCCUCGCUCUUCGAAUCCGACCAACUAAAUCAAGAACGAUUUGCAGGACGAACCCUCCACGGUCUCACCGAAGCCGAAAUAGCGUUUCCACCAACCUACAAGUACAAUUCCGAAGAGCCAUUCCUGACACCCGAUGACAAGUUGAAGAAAUGGCCAUGGGCUAGACAUCGCUGGCCAAGCUGGUGCGAUCGAAUCCUUUACCUGCCUCUUCCGACAUGGGUUACACGCUCCCAGCCUUCGCUAUCCAUUACUACACACAAAUACACUGCGCUCCCACUAUUCCCCACGUCAGAUCACAGGGCUGUGACGCUUGAGAUCUCUGUUCCGAUAGUGCCUAUCCCACCUCCUAAGGAUGAGGAAGGAGAUGAUCCUAGGAUUAAGCCGCCGUUUGAGAUUAAUGUUGAUUGGAAGCGGAGGAGAGAGAGAGCGAGACAGCUAGAAUUGGUGGUUGGGUUUGCAUUGUACUUUACGACGACCAAGGAGGGAGGUACUGUGGCUGCGGCUGUUUUGGUUGGGGUUGUGGGAGCUUAUUUUGCCAUCAGAGCCAUGGUAGAGAUGUGA